CAAAGCACAAGUUGUAAUUAACGGACGGACACCAGAGGCCUUCUCCGGGUUUGGAACACAUCGAACCCUGCUCUGUCGGAGAGAAGAGACCGUGACUGCUGCUGCUCCGGCUCCGGCUCCAACAACACUCCCAUUUAAACCCUCACUCUCUCUAAAACUCUCAUUUGGAGGAGGGAGUGAGCGGGGUUUCUUUAACCUACACCCACUCGGCCCCUUAUCAUGCGCUACUUGUCUUCUUCCUUUUUCCUUUUAGGUUAUCCCUCUUUAUCGGGCUAAAGUCUCUGCCUCCCUGGCAUGGGCUCUGCUGACGACAUGCGAUAGUGCUAUUCUAGUGUUGUUUGUGCUUUUCGCUUUUUAGUUUUUCAGAAGAGAGAGGUCUUAACUAAACCAACAUGGUCUGGACGGAUAAAGAUGUUAAUGGGAGAGAAAAUGACUCAGUUGGAGAUAAUGGUUUCAUAAAUGGAGCAAGUUCUUCUCAAAGUACAAGUGUUCCUUCAGCUAAUGUGGCUUCUGUUCACAAGGAGUUUGAAGGGAAAGAUGCUAUCUCUUAUGCUAAUAUUCUCCGAUCAAGGAACAAGUUUGUUGAUGCUCUUGCACUCUAUGAGAGUGUGCUGGAGAAAGAUAGGGGAAAUGUUGAAGCUUACAUUGGCAAAGGGAUAUGCUUGCAGAUGCAAAACAUGGGAAGGCUUGCUUUUGUUAGUUUUGCAGAAGCCAUCAGGUUGGACCCACAGAAUGCAUGUGCCCUAACACAUUGUGGUAUAUUGUACAAAGAUGAGGGCCGGCUGGUAGAGGCUGCCGAGUCAUAUCAGAAGGCUCUGAGAGCUGAUGCUUCAUACAAACCAGCUGCAGAAUGCCUUGCAAUUGUUUUGACAGAUCUUGGAACUAGUUUAAAGCUUGCUGGCAAUACUCAGGAGGGAAUUCAGAAGUAUCAUGAAGCUCUUAAAAUUGAUCCGCAUUAUGCUCCUGCAUAUUAUAACCUCGGAGUUGUAUACUCUGAGAUGAUGCAAUAUGAUAUGGCCCUUAGUUGCUAUGAGAAGGCUGCACUGGAGAGGCCUAUGUAUGCUGAAGCAUAUUGUAACAUGGGCGUCAUCUAUAAAAACCGUGGUGACUUAGAGUCAGCAAUUGCCUGUUAUGAGAGGUGUCUAGCCGUUUCUCCGAAUUUCGAGAUUGCAAAAAAUAAUAUGGCGAUAGCCUUGACAGAUUUAGGGACAAAGGUUAAACUGGAGGGAGAUAUAACUCAAGGUGUGGCAUAUUACAAGAAAGCAUUGUAUUACAAUUGGCAUUACGCUGAUGCCAUGUAUAAUCUUGGGGUUGCUUAUGGUGAAAUGCUGAAGUUUGACAUGGCAAUUGUAUUCUAUGAACUUGCUUUCCACUUCAAUCCCCACUGUGCUGAGGCAUGCAACAAUUUAGGAGUAAUAUAUAAAGAUCGAGACAACCUUGAUAAGGCUGUGGAAUGUUAUCAGAUGGCUUUGUCAAUCAAACCAAACUUCUCACAGUCAUUGAAUAACCUUGGUGUUGUCUACACAGUCCAGGGAAAAAUGGAUGCUGCUGCUAGUAUGAUUGAGAAAGCUAUCAUUGCAAAUCCUACAUAUGCAGAGGCUUAUAAUAACUUAGGGGUUCUUUACAGAGAUGCUGGCAAUAUAUCACUUGCUAUUGAUGCUUAUGAGCAGUGCCUUAAUAUAGAUCCUGAUUCUCGCAAUGCUGGUCAGAAUCGGUUACUUGCAAUGAACUACAUAAACGAAGGACAUGAUGAUAAACUUUUUGAGGCUCACAGGGACUGGGGCAGGCGCUUCAUGAGGUUAUAUCCACAGUACACCUCUUGGGACAAUCCAAAAGAUCCAGAUCGACCUCUUGUGAUUGGAUAUGUAUCUCCAGAUUAUUUUACUCAUUCUGUUUCCUACUUCGUUGAAGCCCCACUCAUCUUUCAUGACCAUACAAAUUACAAGGUGGUUGUUUAUUCAGCAGUUGUAAAGGUAUGGAUAACCUUAAGAACUAAUUAUUUGACACGCUUGUCAUCUCUUAAAAGCCCAUUGUCCAUUUUUAAGCAUAACCUGUAUUUUUCAGCUAAUCUCCUCUUGUUUUCUUUUAAGUGGUUGUGUUCUGACACAUUAGUUCUAUCUAACCUUAAGGCAAUUUGUUUGUUGUGCAUAAAAAAGGAUCCUGUUUUUGAUAGUUGUGAGAUUUAUUGGUUCUACUGUAUUUGUGCUUGCAUGGGUACAUUUUGACAAAGCUAAAAAAUC